CGCUCCCGCUCAGGCUGCCGAGACAGCUACUCCUGUCUGCUGUUUUCACACCACGCCAGACGCGCAACAACCAUGUCUACCAUCCCAUCAUUUCUUGUGGGGCUGGUUGCCUCUGGUGUGGGCUACGCGUACCUGUCGCGCGAUCUGGUCACCUCUAGGAAUAAGCUAAUGUCGAAGCACUUCAAGGCCGACGGGGUCGAGCCCUACUACCCUGUGCGGAAGAUGCCUCGCCAGUUUGGGAGACCAAAAGGCGAGCGCGGCGGUUGCCCACGCGGCUCUAGCUUCAAUUCGGAAACGAGCAGGGGGGUCGUCAGCGGCUUACCGGAACCCGCGCCAGCGGGUGAGCACCACCUCGUCACGGAUGCCCGCACCAAGUGGAACGCGGCUGUUUUGCGAUGCUCCGAUACGGUAUUCAGCGCCUUGUAUGGCCGCGGAAGUGCGACGGAGGGCAAGGCCGAGGGUGGUGACGAACCACGGGAUUCAUGAUGCCCCAGAUAGGGAACAAGGUGGUGAAGAGCGGGUCACGUUGCCGCAAUGCGACUCUAUUUUGUGCUGGGAGACGUGUUUUGAGGUGGGCAGCAGGCGAAGGGAGACCAGAGGAAAAAUGCGAAUGUAUCCUUGCCGUGGUCGCUCAUUACAUCAGCGACGACGAGGCGAUUACUGCUUCUGGGAGAACGACGCCCGGAGGGAAGGGAUAAGAGCUGCUUGCACAUGAACCGAAAACUGUCUCGAACGGAGGGUGUCCACACCCCGCAAGGGCGCAGCCUCUUUUGUGGGGAAGUAGGAGCGACGUUUCUGCGACACGAUACCUGCGGAUCUUUUGCUGCUGUGGCCAAAGGUUAAGGUAGUUCACCGGGGCUUUGGGGUGGGAAUACGUAAAAGGGAGCUGUAGUUCGUGAUUUGAGUGCUUUCCUACUUUACAAGGAAGGGUCAACCUUUUGCUAUUCGUGUGAUUCGCGUCAUAGGCUCCCGAACACGUGCGGGUCAGCUGGGGCCGCCUGUGUCCAGCCAGCUUGAGCUAGUACGUAUGUCCAUCAGGUGUUGCAUUCAGCGUGUAUAUAGGAGUGCGGUGUUCUUGCCCCCCCGUGCUCGCGUGAGCGGCGGGCUCUGUGUGCAUAUCUGCAACUUUGGGAUGUACGGAUUUGUGGUGGAGCUGUGAACGCUCGGAAUACGGCCCUAUCUGGAGUGGUUGUCUUUUUCUUGCACGGGCCUCUUGGAGUUUGUUUUCAGCACCGUGAAAUUUCAAGUAUGCAUCUACUGAAGAUAUCUUGUGCGUAUUGUCUCUUGUUUUCGCUCUGUCAAAAACCCUUGGUCUCACAGCUCAACUGGGUGCACUGCUCUGUUAUUUUUGUUUGGUUGCAAAAUGAACAGCUGCUAGAGCCGAUAUAGUUUGGUCUAUGUAGGCGUGCAGCUCUUCGUUCAUGUGAAUUCUACAGCACAUUCCAC